UAGCUCGAUGCUCACUUCGGCCGUUGACGUUUCCCACCGAAUUAACGACGGAUGCUGUCGGGUGUGUUAGGACGGUGCGUUAACUCAGACUAAACAUAGCAAAAUAACCAAUAAACAUAUCUACGAGUACAUCUUAUUCCACCACAUACAACCAACAGCAAUUAUUCAGACUCCGGGACGGAGUACUUCGUUAGCUCGUCGCUAGCUAGCUAACCAGCUCGCUGCCGACAUGACGUGGAAAAUACCAUCCGAUCCCGAGGGUCCUUCUUCCCUCUCCCCGGCAUUCCCACCGCGGGGCCCCGAAGGAGAAAGCUGUAGAAUUGUCCUCCGACCAACCGCUCCUCCCGUCCCGCGAGCUCUCCUUUUCAUCGCAGGGUUGACGACGAUCUGAGGGCCUUCUCCUUUGGAAGUAGCAGCCGUGGUAGCACAAAGACAGGAAGCGGUGAUCCAACCACUUCCGGUUCUUUUUUUUUUAUUUAUGUUGAUAUUGUUCUGUAAAAUUGUACUUUUAUGUUCCUGUAAUUCUGCUUAUAUUGUUAUUGGUUUGUACAAUUGAAGCUUGUAAUAAUAUAUAUAUAUUUUAAAAAAAUCCAAACACUUCCGGGUCUCGGGGGCGGUCACUGUUUGUGUUCCAGCAUUGAAGCUGCUAGCUGGCCAGUUGCUAACAAGCUUACGCUGCUAAGCUGUGAAAAUGUCAUUUGUAGAUUCCCGUUAGAAUCCGUUGUUGUGGGAUUACCGCUAGCGUGGAGCAGACUGGAAGCAAAUGUGACGUAAAUGUCCUAACGUUUCCAAGAAGCGGCGUUAGCAGAAGCGUGUUGACAUGGGGAGGUGAACGUUAGCAAUGCCUCCCCCCUGAUGUACGAACAUAAAGAGACCCCACCCGAGCCGCAGCGGCCAGCAGCGCCACAACGACGCGACGCCGCCCGGGUCGGCGGCAGAGGGAGCUCACCGGGGUCGGAGUCGUCCACGAUGGGGCUGGUUCUGCAUUGGGUGCAGGACGUAGCAUCCGUGACUCUGCUGAAGGCCCGGAGGACCUUAUUCCAGGCCGCCGUUCUUUUCUGCGUCCUGGGUCUGCUGCUGUGGGUGUCGAUCUUUCUUUACGGGAGCUUCUAUUAUUCCUACAUGCCCACCGUGAGCUUCUCCGCCCCUGUGCACUUCUACUACGCGUCUGACUGCGACGCUUCGGAAUUGGCGCUGUGCUCCUUCCCGACGGCCAACAUCUCCUUCAUGAAGAACGACAGGGACCAGGUGUUGGCUUACGGGCAGCCCUAUCGCAUAUCUCUGGAACUGGAGCUGCCCGAGUCUCCUGUGAAUGAGCAACUGGGCAUGUUCAUGGUCAAGAUGUCCUGUUACACCAGGGGCGGCGGGACCGUGUCGUCGGUCGGACGCUCUACCAUGCUGCACUACCGCUCCAGUCUUCUGCAGACCAUGAGCACUUUCCUCUUCUCUCCUCUCCUCCUGACCGGGAUGGCUGAGCAGAAGCAGCUCAUCGAGGUGGAGCUCUUCUCCGCGUACAAGACCAACAGCUAUCAGCCCACCGUCGGCGCGGUGGUGGAGAUCCAGUCCAAACGGGUUCAGAUCUACUCCUCCCAGCUCCGCAUCCACGCUUAUUUCACCGGCGUGCGCUACAUCCUCUACAACUUCCCCCUGACCUCGGCCGUGAUUGGCAUCGCCACCAACUUCGCCUUCCUCGGCGUCAUUGUGCUUUUCAGCUACCUGCAGUUCAUAUGGGGUGGGCUGUGGCCCCCAGACCAGGUCCGGGUCAAAGUCAUGAUGGGAGACAACACGCGCAUGCAGCGGAGGAAAGAGGAGGUCAGGAAGCGCAUGGAGAAGGAGAGCUCCCAAAAGGAGCUCGACACUCCGAGAGUCAUUGGACCCGCGACUGAUGCGGCCGAUUACCCGGCGAAUGACACGGUGGGGGCGCGGUCGUCAAAAGCGUCCUUUGUGGAAGUAAAUGCCAGCGAGCCCGAUGAUCCUGAUGCCGAAACGGAGGCGUCUCAUGAUUCGCCGGCGCCAGAGGGGGAAGAGCAGACGCUCCGACAAAGAUGUGUCCCUGGGAAGGGUCUUUAGGUUCACGUGCGCUCCGCUUCAGAUAGCUGCCCAUCCGUCUUAACGCUAGCAGCCACUAUGAGAGGUCAAAUACAAGGUCGAUGGGGGCAGGUAUUGUUUUAACUCCACUACUAACACCCCUUUGUUCAAAUGUUUCACUCGCUGUGAUGUUGAGUGUUUUGUGUCAGUCAGUCUCCAUCACUUCCACAGCAGCCUGACGUGCAGUUCCGGUCACAAGGUCACAUGACUUGCGGUUUUAUGACAUUGAGCGCAUGCACUUGAGGUUACAAAUGCAAGUCAGUACAAGUGAACGCUACACGCCUGGCGCUUCCUGGGCGCUUCCUGGGCGCUUCCUGGGCGCUUCCUGGGCGCUUCCUGGGCGCUUCCUGGGCGUUGGUAUCGCUAAUAGCUUCUGUAUUCUAAAUGAAUGUGUUGCACGUGUCGUCCUGCUCAUUGACCAGUUCUGUCUGCUAAAGCGUAGUUUAGCGUUAGCCUUUGUUAAAGAAUCCGCUGGGCUUCAUUCAGCUGACGAAUACCCUAUUUAUUGUUCCGCAGAAAAGAGCAAAUGUUUUAGAUGCAUAUUUUAAGUUGUACUGUAUGUUUGUUGGUGCAUGGGAGAACAGCAGAUGUUUAUUUGAGGUAGAGGUAACAGGUCAUAGGUUCACUCCUUGUGGUCAAGCUCAGGUCUAAGCAGGUUUAUUUAAAAGUUAUGGUACCAAAGAUAGUCUUACACGUUUGCUCAAAAGUAUAAUAAGUAAUAUAAGCUCUGUACUUGUAUGAAAAUACAUUUUAUGUAUUGUCACUGAAUAAAAAACAACACAUAAUGCUGCAA